ACUGGGAGUUUAUUAUCCAACUACUCUUAAAGCUCUCACUUAACUAAAUCUUAACGUCUAAAAAAGUUGAGUGUUGGGCAUAGUAAAACACACCUUUAAUGCCAAUAAUUGGGAGGCAGAUACAGGUGGAAUCUCUGUGAAUUUGGAAGCAGCCUGGUCUAUGAAAGAGUUCCAUGAUAUCCAACAGCUACGUAGAGAGACCUUGUCUCAGGAACCAAGAGAAGAUGGGGAGAAGAAGGAGAGGAGAAGGAGGGAGUUCUCUACACCAAAUUUCCAUAUAGUGUUGGGUUACUCUCCCUCCAGAAACUCCUGUUUCUUGUUUGUGAAAAUGGAGGAUUCACAACAGUCCUUGGACCUAGGCACUAUUAUCUCAUCUGUAGAUAAGGAAUCUAGAGCAAAGAGGAUAAAUAAUUUGCACAAGAAUCACAGAUACUCUUUCUGUAGUUCAUCACACUAAAAAUAUAUAAUUCCCCAAAUCUUCAGUUACAAGGAACCUACAUGCAAACACAUGUAUAUAUUUCUUGCAAAUAUUUUUCCUUACAGGUUGUGAUUUAAAUGUGUACCUUUUACCCCAAACUCAAUAAGAAUUAUUGAAAAACUCUCCAGCAAUGACAUUUCUCUUGUGUGACCUUCAGGAAGUUGUCUGCCCAGGAAGGCACAGCAAUAAGGGAGGUGGGACUUUUAUCUUGCCCACUGCCAGAUAAAGGUAGCUUUAGGUUUUUAACAUCCAUUUUCAUCACAUAAAAUGUUAAGAUGCUGUGAGAACACAAGGCGGCGCUGCAGGAUAAGAAAGUAAAACCUAGAAGGCAGUUGUGGUUCCAUUAAUAGGGGAAAAGAAAAAAAAAAAUCCUGCAGAAGCCCGGAAGCCCAGAGAAGCCUGGACUGGAUGCUUCAGAAAGGAGGUCUCAGCCCUCGAAAAAGGACUGAAAGAAUUCUCAGGUAUCUGGUGAGAUAACUACAGUACCAGAUACUAGGGGAGUUUAUAGUUCUGCUGAAACAUCCUUCAGGACUCUGUACCACCAAGAACAAUGGAGGCCAGCAGGAAGCUCAUUUGCAGACAAAGGCAAGUCCUGUUUUUCUUUCUCCUAUUAGGCUUCCCUCUAACGACUGCAGGGGAACUGAGGCGCUAUUCUGUGGUGGAGGAAAAGGAGGAUAGGUCCUUUGUAACCAAUUUAGUAAAAGACCUGGGUCUUGGGCAGCUGGAACUCUCCCGGAGAGGAGCUAAGGUCAUUUCUAAAGGUAACAAACUACAUUUGCAGCUGAAUCAGAAGACAGGGGAUUUGCUGUUAAAUGAGAAAAUGGACAGGGAAAAACUUUGUGGGCAUACAGAGCCAUGCUUGCUAAGCUUCCAAGUGUUGCUAGACAACCCCUUGGAUAUUUUUCAAGCUGAGCUAGAAGUCACAGACAUAAAUGACCACUCUCCAGAAUUCCUGGACAAAGAGAUCAUGCUAAAGAUAUCAGAAAGCAGUCUUCCUGGAGCUACAUUUCCUCUGAAGAGUGCUCAGGACAUGGAUGUAGGCCAAAACGGCAUUGACAACUAUCUGGUCAGUUCCAAUUCCUAUUUUCGUGUGCUCACUCGGAAACGCAGCGAUGGCAAGAAAUACCCUGAACUGGUACUAGAUAGAGCACUGGAUAGAGAGGAGGAAGCUGAGCUCAGGCUAACCCUCACAGCGCAGGAUGGCGGCUCUCCGCCUAGGUCUGGAACUACUGAAGUCCACAUUGAAGUCCUGGACAUCAAUGAUAAUGCUCCUCAAUUUGAGCAGUUUUUUUAUAGGGUGCAGAUCCCUGAGGACAGUCCAAUAGGCUUUCUGAUCAUCACUGUCUCUGCUACAGACAAGGACAUUGGAGUCAAUGGAGAGAUCUCCUAUUCACUUUUCCAGGUUUCAGAUGAUAUUAGCAAAACAUUUUCAAUCCACCCCUUGACAGGGGAAGUACGAUUGAAAGAUCACCUUGAUUUUGAAAAGACUCAGUCCUAUGAAUUCAAUAUUGAAGCAAGAGAUGCUGGGACCUUUUCUGGAAAAUGCACGAUUCUGGCCCAAGUCAUGGAUGUGAAUGACCAUGCUCCAGAGAUUAUCCUGUCUGCAUUUACCAACUCCAUCCCUGAGAACUUACCAGAAACUAUGGUGGCAGUUUUUAGCGUUUCUGAUCUAGAUUCGGGAGAAAAUGGGAAAAUAAGUUGUUCCAUUCAGGACGAUCUACCCUUCUUCCUAAAGCCUUCUGGGGAAAACUUUUAUACGCUGUUAUCACAAAAACCACUGGACAGAGAGACUGUAGCAGAAUACAACAUCACCAUCACCGUUGCAGACAUGGGGAGUCCCAUCCUGAAAACACAAGUCAACUUAACAGUGCAGGUCUCUGACAUCAACGACAACGCCCCCAUCUUCACCCAAGCCUCCUAUACAAUGUUCAUCCGCGAGAACAACAGCCCUGCCCUGCACAUAGGCACCAUCAGUGCCACAGACUCAGACUCAGGCUCCAAUGCUCACAUCACCUACUCGCUGCUGCCGCCCCACGACCACCAGCUGGCCCUCGCCUCGUUCAUCUCCAUCAACGCAGACAAUGGGCAGCUGUUCGUGCUCAGGGCACUGGACUAUGAGGCCCUGCAGGCCUUUGAGUUCCAUGUGGGCGCCACAGACGGAGGCUCACCCGCACUCAGCAGCCAGGCACUGGUGCGCGUGGUGGUGCUGGACGACAAUGACAACGCACCCUUCGUGCUCUACCCGAUGCAGAACGCCUCUGCACCCUACACUGAGCUGCUGCCCAGGGCGGCGGAGCCCGGUUACCUGGUCACCAAGGUGGUGGCUGUGGAUCGUGACUCUGGCCAGAAUGCCUGGCUGUCAUUCCAGCUGCUCAAAGCUACGGAGCCCGGGCUGUUCAGCGUGUGGGCACACAACGGUGAGGUACGUACCUCCAGGCUGCUGAGCGAGCGCGAAGUGCCUAAGCACAGGCUGGUACUGCUAGUCAAGGACAAUGGUGAUCCUCCGCGCUCUGCCAGUGUCACACUGCAUGUGCUGCUGGUGGAUGGCUUCUCUCAGCCCUACCUGCCUCUGCCUGAGGUGGCGCGUGAUCCUGACCAUGAGGACAGUGAGCUCACAUUGUACCUGGUCAUUGCCUUAGCUUCUGUGUCUUCUCUCUUCCUGGUGUCUGUGCUGCUGUUUGUGGGGGUGAGGCUGUGCAGGAGGGCCAGGGAGGUCUCUCUGGGUGGCUGCUCUGUGCCUGAGGGACACUUUCCUGGCCACCUGGUGGAUGUCAGUGGCACAGGGACCCUGUCUCAGAGCUACCAAUAUGAGGUGUGUCUUACCGGAGACUCUGGGACUGGUGAGUUCAAAUAUCUGAAACCAAUUUUACCUAAUUUUCAAGACCAUUCUCUUAGACCAGAAAUGGGUGAAAAUCCCAACUCUAGGAACGACUGGAGUUUUGGUAUUCAGUUAAAAUAAUUGCUUUUCAUCAUGUGUAAUGGAUUUUAUCAUAUACUCAACUACUUUUCUUGCUGUGCCCAUUUUGAACUUCUAAAGCAUACUUAAAACUUGUUUGCAGGCUAUUCUCUCCGUGGUUUUAGAAAGUAUCUCAGCUUUUCUCCAGACUGGAAAAUGAAAUAUUUUAAUUUUGCUUGUUUGUUUGUUUAAUGUGUCACUAGUUGCACAAAUCUUUGUUCUGGGAUGAUUUGGGAAUGUACAAGAGGGUAAAAAGGGGAAAUCAAUUCAAUCCAUUCAGAUGGAAUUCAGGGUGUGUUCUCUCACUCAUUGUUGACCACUGAAUACACACUACAUAGCAAUGCUCAACACAAUGAGGUCUAAUCAGAUAGGAGAACGAGGGGCUCACUGAGGGCUCUGCCUUUUGCUUUAUUUGGCCACUAUGGACUGUCUUUGUUGAUGUUUUCUCUUAAAAAUCUUAGAUAACCACAUGGCUCCUCAUUAGCUUGCUAUUAGUUUUCAUAUCACUACUUUAAACUGCUUCCUACUUUGUUUGCUUGCUUGCUUGCUUGCUUGCUUGCUUGCUUGCUUGUUUUUUGGUUGGUGUUGAGGUUUCAGAACGGUGUCCCUUAUUUACCUGGUAGGUUGAAAGAGCAUGGCAGUAGCAUUGAGUUUUCGCUUCUGUUAAAUACUUGCCAGUCAGAGAAACUGCAUCAGCCAGUAUUGAUUUUUUUUCCUUCUUUGUUGUCGUUCCACAUUUCUUUCUUGUCAGUCAUAUGCUUAGUUAAAAGAAUACAUUUUCACUGUCUUUUUUUCCUCUAGCAAAUAGAUUAGGGCAUAUGGCUAGCUUAUAGUGAGAUGUAAGAUGUGGUACCUUCCACAGCUCUUCAGUUGAAGAGAAACUGGUGGGACCUAUGCAUACCAACUAAGGACUGUCUCUCUGAUCUACCACUGUAAACGCCCAAGAACACUUGUAAAGGGAGAUGUCUCACCUGGAAAGGGAUUUCACCCUUUGUUCAUACUAUGUUCUUCCUAGGAUGUUCAUGGUAUCAUGAGUGCACAAAUACUCAUGUUGGCUCUGUGAUAGGAGUGACAGGCUAAAGUAGCAUCAAAUGGACUUAGCGGAGAUGAUCCCUGGCAACUCGGGAGUUCUUAUAUUAUUCCAUGCAUUGCCAAUUUCUAAGCCUUUUUAAAAAUUCAAAAAUAAGCUGGGCGGUGG